GCACUGAGCCCUGUGCUGUAGCCGCCCCGAACCCUACAACCACAACAACAACAGGCCGCCGCUGGCUGCCAGACGCUACGACGAUGAAUUCUUCCACAUCUUCCUUAGACAGUGUUUAUCAGAUUGGUAAUCUACUUUCUGGAUCAUGGGAACUUACCCAGAAAAUUUUUGAAAACCUCAGUUACCGAGAGGUAUCAAGACUUCGGUGUGUGUGCCGGAUUUGGGCAGAUGUUGGAUCCAAAAUUCUGGAAAAGCGUCGGAAGAUUCAUUACUUGACUAUACAUCCACACAGCAUACCCACAACAGAAGGCAAGGUGGCACUGGGAGAAGCAUCACCAAGAUGUCUGUUCGAGGGUUUCUUUGAACAUAUUGUAAGCAAGCCAAGAUAUUGCAUUGCGUUUUGCAGUGAAGACUGGUUAAGCAAACCAGAUGUGUUCAACAUAAAGGAGAAAGAUGAAAAUUUGACACUACUACAGUAUAUAAGCGGAUCCCUUCCAUCUUCUUGUGAACUUGGACUUGUCUCGGCCACAGGCGUAAUUGGAACUGUUGAAAACAACUACCAAGGACACUGGCUUGAAUCAGCCAGCAGUAUGAAUCAAGAAAUCCUAUCUUACCUCUAUGGCAAAGAAAAAGAGAAACGUAAGCCUAAUAAAUGGAGUAAAAGGCAUGAUAAUACAGAAAAAAUGGAAUGCCAGAAGAAAGAAGAAAUAUCGCCAAACGUGCCAUCACCAAACACCUCAUCACAAAACAUUUCAUCACAAAACAUUUCAUCAACAAGCACUUCAUCACAAAACAUACCAACAAACACCUCAUCACAAAACAUAUUGUCAAACUCAUCAUUACCUACCAUAUCAUCCCCAAACAUGUCGCCAGAAAACACAUCUCAGAAUGAAGGAGUUUCACUGGGUAGCUCUUGCAGUUCAUCGUCAGAUGCUACAAAUACUGUUGUGACCACCGGUGAACCUGUCAAGCGUUCUAGUGUAGGCUACAGCAUCGAGGUUGAGCAGAAUAGUACCUCCCUGCGGCAAGCAGAUGCAGUGUCUGUGCUGCUUAUACCACACCAUCCUGGAGUUCAACUCAAGUUCUUCAGAAUUUGUGAUGAGAAAUUUUUCAAAGAUUUUCGUAAAGAUGAGGAUGCGUGUUGUGAAAACCUCACCAUCACUGCUGAUGAGCUCAACCACUUGACAUCUAUGUCACAUGAUGACCAACUCAAAGCUCUACUGAUAUUUGAUGCCGGUCUUGAGGAAGGAUUCACUGAAGCCAUUAUUCAGUCAGCUUUGCUCAGGCAAAACCAUAAACUGGCUCUUGGAGGUGGUGUUGCUGAUAGUGUAUAUACUGGGAAGAAUGCUUCAUUCAGUCAGAGUAGUUUUGGUAUAGCCGUAUGUGGACCAAAUGUUAUGGCAGCUUCAGUCGUUAUCCCAAAAUAUAUUAAUAAUCCUAAAGGUUUAGUUGAAUUUAUGAAAGAGUUAAAAUCAUGUGGACUUCCUGAAGACCAGAGUGUAGCAUUUAUGUUUUCCUGCUGUGGUCGUGGCUACUCUUGGUAUCGUCGUCGAGGCAAUCCCUGGUUUGAUUACCACAAUGUGGAAACUAAGGCCUUCAGGCAGUUCUUCCCCAACACACCCAUCUUCGGCUUCUUUGGGGGAGGCGAGAUAGGCCUGAACCAUUUCCCCAAGUUUUGUGAGCGAGAGAAAGAAGAUGAAGGGGUUCCACAUAAGAAGAGAAAAAAGAAAAUGUUUCACCAGUUUUCAACUAUCAUUGUCCUUAUAUCCUUUUUGUGAUGUAAGUAUUAUGUUGUUGUUUACUCAUGCCUACUACUACUACUACUCAUCAUUGUAUAUCAUCAUACAGCCGUAGGUGAAAUUAAAAUACAUUAAUAUAUCAUUUUAUGAACAUGUAAUGUUUUAGUCACUAUUUUUAGUUACAAUGAAGUACUGUAAUUGCUUGGGGUUUAUGACUGCAUUUAACUUAGGUCUACAAGAAAUGUUUUUCUUCUGUGUGAUAGUACUGAAUAUUGCAAUUUGAUACUGAAAUGCUACAAAAUACUGUACCUAUGGUAUGUAUUGUUGUCGCAUCUAUGAACAGAAUUCUUUCUUUUGUAGGUUGUACAGUAAAAGAUAUAUAAAUCCAGUAAAGAUGUAUACUGUACUGCAAUUAGAUAAACAUUUAAUAACACUAAUUGUGAAACUUUUCUGCUAGACAUCAUAUAUACAGUAUUGAUAGAUCAGAAUUAUUUUUCCUUAAUGAAAAUGUGAGUGGCACAAAUGUUAAUUAAUAUUUACAAUUUCUCGGUAUUAUACUUGAUUAUAAUUGUUCAGGGUUAUUAAAAUCCCAAGUUAGUUUUUAAUUAAACAUGUAGAAGCUUUAUUACAAGCUUGUCAUAAAAUAUCCAGCUAGAUAUCAGAUGCAAAACCCAGCCAGCUGUACAUUCUUAUUGUGCUUGAUGUAAACGGUUUGACUUGCAAAAGCCUGUCUGGCCCUUGCUGGAGGCCUAGUCUAUCAAAUUCCUGCGAGUGUGAAUGUUUGUGUGUAUUUGUACUCCUAUGUACUAAAUGUAUUUUUAAAAUAAUGGUUUAAUAAAUGAUUAUUUAAU